AGGAUUAAUGUCCCCAGAUGUGACGUUUUCUGCUUUCCUGUUUGCAUUUUGUCUUGUUCAGGUCGAUCGGUGGAGGAGGUGGUCUGGAAAAUGGCUGACGGAGUUGAUCACAUCGACAUCUACGCCGAUGUUGAAGAGGAUUUCAACCAGGAAUCAGACUACCCUGCCCAUGACCAGAUAGACUUGUAUGACGAUGUUAUCUCUCCUUCGGCCAAUAAUAACGGAGACGCACCUGAGGACCGGGACUACCUGGACAACCUACCCCCACCUGCUGGCUCCGAGGGGAACAAGAGCACCCCGCCCAACGUGGUUUACACGUACACUGGCAAGAGGAUCGCCCUGUACAUAGGCAAUCUCACAUGGUGGACAACAGACGAAGAUUUGACAGACGCCAUUGGAUCGAUAGGCAUUAAGGAUCUGCUGGAGAUCAAGUUCUUUGAGAACAGAGCCAACGGCCAGAGUAAAGGGUUUGCCCUGGUGUGUGUGGGCUCAGACACGUCCUCUAGGAAGCUACUGGACCUGCUGGCUAAACGGGAGCUCCACGGACAGAACCCCAUUGUUACCCCCUGCAACAAACAGUCCCUCAGCCAGUUCGAGAUGCAGUCUCGGAAAAGCCCAGGUACAUCGGGUGGGCAGAUGUCCGGAGAUGGGAAGGCGGGACCCCCCACCAUGGGCCCCCGCGGUGGCUUCCCCAUGGGCAUGGGUAGGGGCCGAGGCCGCUUCCCCGGGCCUCCUGGCCCUGGAGGAGACCGCUUCCCUGGGCCUAUCGGACCCGGAGGGCCCCCGCCUCACUUCCCAGGGUCGGGGAUGAGGCCACCUGAACUCAUUAACCAUAGACACCAAGAAGGCCACCUGAUGGAUAUGAAUUUCAAUUGCUUCCCGCCGGGACGUGAUGGGAAUUGGCGACCCAGAGGUGGUAUGCAGGGCCCACCUCGACCCCCUCCUGGCCCACUAGGUCCCCCUGGACCCCUAGGCCCCCCUCCCCCAGGACAGGGCCUCCCCCCUCCCAUGCAAGGCCCCCCCAACCGUGGCGACCGCCCCCCACCCCCGGUCAUGUUCCCCGGCCAGUUCGGCCAGCCCCCCAUGGGUCCUCUCCCCCCUGGCCCUCCCCCACACGGCUUCGGCCCUCCUCCUGGCCCCCCACCCCCCCAACAGGGCCCUCCACCCCCGGGUCAUUUCCCCCCUCGCCCCCCCGGGCCCCUUGGACCACCUCUGGCCCUCGCUCCCCCACCACACAUGACCGGGCCCCGACCUGGAGGCCCCCCACCGGCUCCCCAUGUCAACCCAGCGUUCUUCCCUCCUCCUGGGGGUCCUAACAACAUGGGGGGCCCUCCUGGAGGAGACGGCAGGGGCCCCAACGGGCCCAACGACCCCUAUGGACGGCCACCUUCGUAUGACCGGGGAGACUUCGGCCCCCCCGGCAGUAACCAGCGUCCCCCGCUAAUCUGUGAGUUUGACCUCAGGGCCCCCCUGCCCCGCGGCUGCCCAGACCCCUGGAUUAACGAGGGUUUGGUCGAUCUGAAAAAUGGCGGCCAGCACUUGCACAAUGCGAGUGACCCAGGGGAGAUGGAGUCGGCGCGGACACCGCUGAGCGAGGCAGAGUUUGAGGAGAUCAUGAACCGGAACCGAGCCAUCUCCAGUAGUGCCAUCUCUAGGGCGGUGUCAGAUGCUAGCGCUGCUGACUACGGCAGUGCCAUAGAGACUCUGGUGACAGCCAUCUCUCUGAUCAAGCAGUCUAAGGUCUCUGCUGACGACCGCUGUAAAGUUCUCAUCAGCUCUCUACAGGACUGUCUCCACGGCAUCGAGAACAAGUCCUACGGCUCUGCCUCCAGUUCUGCCCCCAAAAGACGCGAGAGGUCGAGGGAGCGUGACCACAGCCGAUCCCGGGAGAAGAGCCGGCGCCACAAGUCCCGUAGCCGCGACCGCCACGAGGACUACUACCGCGAACGCAGCCGGGAGAGAGAGAGGCACCGCGGGGACAGAGAACGAGAACGAGAAAGAGACCGUGAGAGGGAGUACCGACAUCGUUAGCGGAGCCUACGGAAGAGGACAGGGACGAGGACGCCUCUUCACAACCAGCAGGCCCUACAUCAGGAUCGCCUUGUCAACUAGCCCCCCCCCCCCCCUCUCUCUCUCUGUCUGUGUCUCCAUGGUUACCAGGGGACUGACUACCUGGGAAUCGCUCACAGCUGUGUAAGGUUAUAAGUAGUGUUCUUUAAAAUCAUUCUCAUGGUAUAUAAAAAAAAAAACUUCUCAACAGCUAUUUUUAUUUUACUGAAAUUUUAUUUGAUGUGAAUGAAAAAAUGAUUACCUACCUGUGUUGACAGGCUUCUUUCAAGCUUAGCGAAAAUAACAAAUGACUACAUUUGCCUGCUCUAUUCCAAAACGGACAACUUUUGACUGCUAUAAUGUGUACAUUUUGUCAGGUUAAAGCUGAUUUUUACAGGGAGGGUUUUUUUUUUGUUUUUUUCGUCUUCAUUUCCUCUCGUGCCCCUCCCUACUUUUCUCGUUUAGGAUAAUGUUUGUAAAUGUCUCUGCUUUGAAUAUUAAAAUAGAUUCUGUGUUGUAAUAAACUUGUUUACUGGGGUUUUGACACUUAAUAAUAAUUUACAUGUGUACGUUUUUGCCUUGCAUACAUUUUUUCAUGUUGAAUUUUACGAAAUAGUUAUUUUUAAAUUUACUCUCACUUAAGUUGCAAAGUUGUGCUGUUAUUGACCAAAUGAAGCACAGUUGACCAAAAGUUUGUAUUUGUCCCGAUGCCCAGAAUUAGUGAAAUCUGACUGAAUUUAGCGUAACUUCUUAUGCAUUGAAUGAUCAUGUGACAGAUAUUUUAAUCUUUGACUUAUCAGUUUGUUCUAAAAGUUCUACUUAAAAUGUAGCUACUUGUUGACAAACGUUUGUUUUUAGUCUCCAUAUACUUCUGUAUGACAUUUUAAUUCCAAAGGUAAAAAUCCAUGUCUUUGCUAAGUGAUUUUAGAGGUAUUCAGGACUUGAUUAUACUUGGGCAAAACUUUAUUUUUUUAUUUUAUUUUUCUUGAUUUUCAUGUUUUUUUUUCUUCGUGUUACCAGGAAGUACAUUCCAAGGGUUCAUUACCCUAAUAUUAAUGACACAAGUAGAACAAAAUUAUUGACUUGUAUGGAAUUAUUUUAGUGAUAGAUCAACCUUCACAGAUCUGGACAAUACUACUACUGUGAAGCGAAUUGGUCUCUUAUCUGCAAACUUGUGCUCCGAUUGGCUGGCUGAUGUACUGCACUGAUUUCUUAUUGAGUUGCUUAUCCCACUGGUUUAAGCCAGUGAGGUUUGUGGUAACCUGGUCCCAGAUCUGUAUAUACUACUUCUUAUUGAGUUGCUUAUCCCACUGGUUUAAGCCAGUUAGGUUUGUGGUAGCCUGGUCCCAGAUCUGUAUAUAUUUUGGCAGAGUCUUGACUACAUUGAAUAGCAAUAACAAUGCUAGACUAGUUGGCUAAAACGCAUACAGACCUGAGCGGUAUACUACAAAGCAGGACCAAUGUGUUAGCCAGCUAAUUUGCUUAAAUAUUCUGAAAUAACUUUUUUUUUUAAUUGGAAAAGAAGCUUGACUCCACAACCAAAAACACAUAUCUAAGUUCAGCUUUUUUAAUGAGCCAGAAAAUCAAAUGUAAUUUAUCAAAGUUAGCUGGCUAAUGCAUUGAUCCUGUUGUGUAGGAUCCCCUUCUGGGACCAGGCCAUGGGGCUGGGUGUAGUAAAUGGUUGAUUACAGUAGUAAUGAGGGUCUGGGACAAGGCUGAGUGUUGUAAAUGGAUGGGGAAUUACACUAUAGUGAGGGUCUGGGACAAGGCUGAGGGGAUGGGUGUUGUAAAUGGCUGGGGAUUACAGUAGUGGGGGUCUGGGUGUUGUAAAUGGAUGGGGAUUACAGUAGUGAGGGUCUCGGUGUAGUAAAUGGAUGGGGAUUACAGUAGUGAGGGUCUCGGUGUAGUAAAUGGAUGGGGAUUACAGUAGUGAGGGUCUGGGUAUUGUAAACGGAUGGGGAUUACAGUAGUGAGGGUCUGGGUAUUGUAAAUGGAUUAGGAUUACAGUAGUGAGGAUCUGGGUGUAGUAAAUGGAUGGGGAUUACAGUAGUAAGAGUAUUCAAGUGAGGUGUCCAUUUUGUGAAGCAUGAGAGCACAAUCCUUCCCUGGCUUCUAGGGGUCUGUGCACUGACUGGUCUGCCAGAUUAAAAUAACUGAUAUUGAUGCCUGUUUUAAGGCGGUAAAACCUACCUCUCUACUCCCAUGUAUUUUCUAAAUGGCCCUGAUAGACAUUAGUGGUGCUCUCCUGCUUGCAUUGUGUUGACACUCUGAAGAUAGAUAUUUAGGUGGCUAUUGUGGCUUCGAAUCAUUCACUGAAACAACUGCUUCAGUCAACUAAACAUUAUUAUUUUUUUAAAUUUUAUUGGUUAGACUUUACAUCCAACUAUUGGCACAUAAAUAUCUCCAAGUUUUUAAUCAAUAUUGCCCACUAGCUACAAAGAGCAUUUUGAGGACUUAACAAUGUGUUUGACAUGGUAUGUAUGUUAUUGAAAGUACUCCUUCAGGUAAAGUUCGCAUGACAGACACUUCCGGUUUUUUUUUAUACGUGGGACUUUUGUAUUGCAUUUUAUUGUAUAAAUGCACUGAGAUAUUGAAUAUGGUGUAAAGCAUUCAUAAUGCUCUAUGUAGAUAGUAUACCAUGUUUAUUGUGCUAAUGGAAGGUUAUCAACGCUUUGUUACCUAUUCGCAGAUCAUUACGAAUAGCUUUCCAGCCCCAACGUCUUUUCAAACCGGUUGAAUAUUUGAGUGGAGCUGGUUUGAUACGUCGAUACUGUACAUAUAUACGCAGUCGACAAGUGUUACCCAUGCUCAAUUAGUGUUGUCAUUUUGUACAUAUAAUAAUUCAUCCAUCUUAGAUAUUACCUUCAAAUACUUUUUACAAUUAGAUCAAACUGAUCAAUUUCUCUCUCGGACGUGUUCAGGAAAUUGAACUUUUUUUUUAAGGUGCAGGUCUUGUUUUGAGUGGUUUCAAUAAACUAGUUUUCUCCGUCUUUUGAUGUCGGGUCUCCGUGAACCAUUAGGCCAAAUGUUACUGUUCCUGACAUUGCUGAUUUGGCUUCAUCAAAUGUACACUUAAUCAAUAGAAUGCAAUGUAUAAAGGCUGAAAUAAGACCGGAGGAUAUUACUGAGGUCUGUAGUUUUUCUGUUUUGUGAAAAUAUUGUAACGGUCUACUUUACUCAAACUUAAAACUAUGUUUUUUUUUCUCAGGUAUGAUUGACACGAUAAAAAAAGGAAGGGCCUAUAACUAGUUUCCCAAGGAUCUUGAUGUUCUUUAUAUAUAAUUUACUCAUAGUUACACUUACACCAAAUGCUGAAUUGUACAGUAGGCUGUAGUUGUUUUUGCCCUGAUUUAAUUUACAGCUCCAUGACAUUCACCCGAAGGUAAGUCGUCGGUUCCAGAUCCAUGAAGAAUGACGGCUGCAAAUGUUCUGAAGUAGUAGCUAUUCAAUAUACUUAAUGUGUUCCUCUUCGCGUUAUAGCAAAGUAAGGAAAUCAUUAGUGAUGGAACUAUAAUUACAUGGAUAAUUGUUAUCAAAUAUACAAGAUAAAUGUCUCAAAUCAGACAGGAUUGAUUAUUGCAUUAUUACACUGCAGACUAAAACACUGUCAAUGUGUGUUUAUUUCAGAUUAUAUUGCUAUUUUAAUUAUCUGAUUUAUUACACUAUUUGCAGUAAGAAUAAAGGCAGUAGGUUCUCUUGAGUUUGUACCACCUUGUGCCUUCUCAAAAAAUAAAAGAAUCGAAACUA